AAAUUGUGCUGCGUGGCAGGCAAGAAGCAUCACAAGCUUUUGGAGCAGCAACCUGAGAGCUACGAUAACAACAACUACUAAAACUAGUUCAACCAACUAAUCCCAUUCUCAACAUGAAGGUAUUUGUCUGCUUGCUGGCCACCUUGGCGCUGGCUAACGCUGGACAGCGUGGCGGCGGUGGUGGUGGCUAUCUGCCAGGAGGAGGACAUGGCGGUGGUGGCGGCCAUGGUGGCGGCGGCGGUGGUGGCUAUGGUGGCGGCCAUGGUGGCGGCCAUGGUGGCGGCGGCGGUGGUUUCAGAAAUGGCGCUGGUCUCACCUCGCAUGUGUCACAGGGUUACGGUAACACAAAGGUGCACAUUGGUGGUGCUGGCGGAGGUGGUGGACGCGGCGGCUAUGGCGGUGGAGGAGGUGGUGCUGGCGGCUGGAAGGGAGCAGGUGGUGGUGGUGGACGCGGCGGCUAUGGCGGUGGUGGAGGUGGCUAUGGUGGCGGAGCUGGCGGUGGUGGUGGCUGGCAAGGAGCAGGAGCUGGUGGUGGACGCGGCGGUGGUGGCGGCUGGCAAGGAGCCGGAGCUGGAGGUGGACGCGGCGGUGGUGGCGGCUGGCAAGGAGCAGGAGCUGGAGGCUAUGGUGGCGGAGCUGGUGGUGGUGGUGGCAAUGCCUGGGGUAACCCGGCCGCAUUCGAAUAUUCUGUGAAUCAUGGCGCCGGUUCCGGUUCAUCUGCUGGCGGCGGUUCUGGCGGUGGUGCUGGUUGGUGGAACGAUUAA